UGAUUUUAAAGUGAUUUCGGAAUAAAUUUUUUGAAUUAUUAAUUUCACGUGAUUUCAUUCGACUUAACUGGAUUUUUCCCUCGAUUUCAGGAUUGAAAAAGAUUUCACAUAACUCCACAUAAUUUCAAAUGAUUUCAAAUUUUUUAUUUGAAAAUCAAUCCCAUAAAAAUUAAAGUAUUUCUCAUAACGAAGAUUGGAGAUUUCCUUAAAUCACGUUCCUUUUUUAAUUGAAAAUUUGAUCACCCUACAUAUGAAAUCUGUUAAACGGCGAUAUAUAGAAAAAAGCACUGAACUCAUUUGUCUCAUUGAAAAACGAAAAAAAAUAGAGAGGUCUUUGGUCCCGUGAUCUUAUUUGGCCCCGGUUCCUCCAAAUUUUAAAAACUUCUUCUUUAAUUCAUUUUUUUUCGGAUUCUCGGAGAGAAAGAAUUUCUGUCGACAUACAAUAUUUGUACAAAUGCGUAUUGAGGCGAUAGUAAAGGCUUCUGACCGGACCUAAAAAAAUCCUGUAGAAAUCUCAAUUGGGAUUUUACAAGGGGGUAAAGUGCUGAAAUGGGACAUAACCAGAGGUCGAAAUAUCUCGGAAGCACUUGGGAAGAGGCCUCCCAAAACAUAUCCAGUUCUGAACGGAAAGAAUUAAGUAGAACUCGUUAGGUCCAAUUCGACUCAGGGGGCUAAUAUUGUUUUUCAUGUGUCCUUAGGCACUGGAUGCUGAUAAGUAUUUAUUUCUAAGUUAGAAAUUUCAUCGGAGUUCGAAGCUCACAACACGGGGAAGGGGGACCUAAGUCCAUAUAAAAAUCGCCUGAAACGUUAUGAGAGUAUUCAGUAUUGAAGUAUUUGCCGAAAUAUGAGAUCCUACGGACUUAUCGCUGCUUUCGCAGCCAUCCUCAUCAGUCAUGCUGGAGCAACUAAUGAAAAUUCAGCAGAAGCGAUGAUCGAAUUACUUCCAAAGACCGUCAAAUCUCUGUUAGAUUAUAAAACUGUGAAAGUGAAUAAUGUUACUGACAUUAUUGCUAAAGAUUACAAGGAAAGGAGAAAGAAUGCACUCGCCGCUAGUGAUUUUUAUUUUAUACUUGCUCGGUUUAAGGAAGCUUUAGACGCAGCACGGGAAAAGGGAAGAAACGCUGAAGGAUGCGUUGAUAUCACCAGAUCGGAAGUUAACGAUAUGCGAGAUAAAUACCUAAUAGAAUUACAGUUUUGUCGCAUUGAACAUAAGGUAGAUUACAGAGACGUGGAGACUAAGCUCGACAAGUGGGAGAAGAAAGGGAAGGAUCUACAAGCGACGAUCAGACUCAAUACUAGAUGUUACGAAGAGAAUUGUCGAGCGGAAUGUAACUCUCGGCAGUGUGCCUCGCUCAAAAAUGCCGUUGGAUCCUGGCAAUCAGUAGGAGCAAGACUGAAAGCAAAAGUGCAACGGUUGAUAGCGAGGGAGAAGGGAACCCGGCGAUGCUUCAACAUAUCAGAAUUUGAAUUCAAAAAGAGACAGGAUACUCUGAACAGUGUCAUAAAAAACUGUAUUGCUGAGACCGAAACGAUGUAGAGGAGCCCUCUACAGAUUCAUGCUGAAUAGUCAGCAUUACUUAAUCAGCGAGGGACCCAUUUUCGAUAAAAAAUAUUGCUCAAGCUGGAUCAGAACCCAGAGUCACCUCGAAAUUUUGAACUGAAGAACCGCCAGGAGUUUCAAUCAAAGCACGAAAUUCAUCUAGAAAUUGCAUAUCAUAUUUUAUGUUGUAAU